CAAAGUGUAAAACGAUUAAUGGUGCCACUGUGACAUUUGUUAGGACUUAAGUGUUAUUGUUAGGAAUACACAAAAAGUUAGCAAGAAUGAAAGCAAGUCACGCGCUUACCUACCAGCGCGUAUAAAAAAACAAAAAAAAAUGCCCAAAAAGAAAACCGGGGCCCGGAAAAAGGCAGAGAAUCGUAAAGAACGAGAGAAGCAGACUCGAGCUAACCGGGAACACGUUGAUGUGGCGAAACACCCCUGCAACUUUAACAUGGACUGCGACAAAUGCCAGAGAAAACAGAAGAACAGAGCCUUCUGUUACUUCUGUAAUGCAGUGCAGAAGCUGCCUGUCUGCGCUCAAUGUGGGAAAACCAAGUGCAUGAAAGCAUCCGAUUGUGUUAUCAAGCAUCCGGGAAUCCAUACCACCGGCAUGGCCAUGGUGGGGGCAGUGUGUGACUUCUGUGAAGCCUGGGUAUGCCACGGCAGGAAAUGUCUGAGCACCCACGCCUGUGCAUGUCCCCUCACUGAUGCAGAGUGCAUCGAGUGUGACCGAGGAGUUUGGGAUCACGGAGGAAGAAUUUUCCGUUGUUCUUUCUGCCACAACUUUUUGUGCGAGGACGAUCAGUUUGAGCAUCAGGCGAGCUGCCAAGUUCUUCAGGCGGAGACAUUCAAAUGUGUUUCCUGUAACAGAUUGGGGCAACACUCCUGUCUGCGCUGUAAGGCGUGUUACUGUGACGACCACGCCAAGAGCAAAGUUUUCAAGCAGGAGAAGGGCAAAGCACCACCUUGUCCCAAGUGUGGCCAUGAGACACAGGAGACCAAAGACCUCAGCAUGUCCACCCGUACCUUGAAGUUUGGCCGACAGGCGGGUGCUGACGACGAUGACGACGAAGACUACGGUGGAGCCUCUGGGUAUGACGCCUACUGGAAGAAUUUAGCUGCCGGAGGAGGUGGUCAACAGGGCAAUUACGGAGAGGAUGAGGACUAUGACGAAGAGGAGGAUGACGAGGAGGAAGAGGAGGAGGAGGAAGAAGAUGAGGAUGAGGAAGAGGAGGCCUCCGAGUCUUUGGCUGAGCUCAAGUUAGACGGGACUUCUUGAAUAAAUCGGCUGUGAGGCUGCUGGUCUUCAGCAGGAGAGUUGAUGUCGAUGUCCACAAGCCCAUCCCUGUGUCAACAUUCUGAGGAGUAGUGUAAGGGGCUCAACUAAUGAUGCUGUUAAAUUAAAAAAUAUUUGUUGUCAAAUAGACUAAUAAAUAUGUUUUAAUGUCAAAUGACCUUUGAUUUAGAUUUUGCAGGAGUACCAAAAAAAAAAAAUUCUCUUCGGAUUGAAAUUAUCAAAAACAUUGAAAAUGUAACAGAACUCAGAUUUAAAAACAUUUAAUUAGUUAAGUGGAUGAAAACAGCAGUGUUUCAUCAAGUCACGGUGGCCACAAUAACUUGGUUAUAUGAAGAAAAAAAAACACCUAAUUCCUAAAGUAUGACGUAGUAAUACAAAACCCCAAACUCAGCUCAAUACACAACACAUUUAGUUCAGUCUGACCCUAAUUUUAAUCUACUAAAUACAUAAGUGUGAUGCAUGGUACAGACUUCUCUGGAAAUGUGCUGAGCAAUGAUGGCUUCAAGUGUUUUUCUAAACCACGUCUGUAACAGCAUUAAGCCUUUCUCAAAUGUCAAACCAGACCAUCCCAGUCUAGUUUAUUGAUGACACUAUAUUUCAGUUGUUUGCAGACUCUGUUACUGGCUAAUGGACAGCAGGCAUUAUUUUUAUAAAGUGAUCUGGGAAAUGAAAGUGUGGGUUUUGAUGGAGCGCCAGCCUUAACUAAAAGUCAUGUGGACAUCUCGGGGAUCUUGUCCAUUAUUAUGUCCAUUGUUUUCCAAACCUGUGUAACCACAGAGUUGCUGGAGCCUGUCCCAGCACUGUUAAGUGGAGGUGGGCUAAAACCCUGGAUGUGUCGGCAGUCCUUUUUAGCAUUGUCAUUUACAGAAACUCCACUCUGAUCAUUGAAACGUGUUCCCAGUGGUCUUUUCAUCAUUAUUAUGUCAUUUUUUUAUGUUCGACUACAACUCGCACAGUUUCACCAAAAUUAGACAAUAGAAGAUUGGAAAAACCGAUUAGUCUGAUUAUUCUCCAGUUCUUCUGUACUCGUCUUCUGAUGCUACUGGAUAAGACUCCAUGUCAUAAAGCUGGAAUCAACUCCGACUUUUUUUUAGAACAUGAUAGUGAGUUCACUGGACUCAAAUGAUCUCCACAGUCCCAGAUCCAAUAUUUACCAUUUGGGAUGUACUGGAACAGGAGAUUGACAUCAUGGAUGUUUAACUGCAGCAACUUUGCGAUGCUAUCAUGUCAAUAUCGACCAAACUCUCUGAGGAAUAUUUCCAGCACUUUGUUGAAUCUAUGCCACCAAGGAUGAAGGCAGUUCUGAAGGCCAGAGGGGGUUUAAAUAUUUUUUAAAUAAACAUUUCUUGUUCAAUUGUAGGAUUUCUGAAUGCCAAAAAGGAGAGAGAGGCCAGGUAUUAUUAUGUGGUGCUGCUUUUGUAUAAUGUGUUUGUGUGUAUUAAGCAGCAGAGUUGCAGCAGUGAUUUACAUCCAUUAAAAGAAAAAAAAAACUUAAGAGCGAAUCCUUCCAGCAUGUUUGAAAAACAGAACCAUGAUGGAAAUACAGAAAUAUUGUAGAGUUGUCGUGAGAGAUUUUCAGUUUAUAAAGAACUUUUCAAAUCCAGUACAUUUACUUAAAAGCUUUCUACUUAAAAGUUCAGCAAUUAAGAACGAUUCCUUGUUCUCUGGUGUGGAGCAGAAACAAUAAAACUUUUCUCUAGUUGGAAGAAAAAUGAACAGAUUCUCUCCGCAUUAAACCCAAACUAAAAAUCUUAUAGGUGUGAAAAUGUUAAAAUAAAAACAUUAAAUGAAGGACUGCUAAAGUAAAAGCCACUUGAGCCGUGACUGAAAGAAAUGAAGCUCUAGGUAGACAAGAAUGCUAUUGUAUUUGAAAACUAUUAUUUUUUCCAAAAUACACCAGUUGUUCCUUGAAAUAUAAGAAUACUAAACGAAAAAAAAGAAAAAAAGUCAAUUUGGUUAAAUGGGAAAUAUUUUAAAAAGAUUUAAUAGCUAACGUGUGUGUCUAAAAGAAGCUCUUUCCUUUGCAAAAUAUGUAUAAUUGUUUGUGUAAAUAAUUCAAAUGAAUUGGUUUUAAUGAAAUAGUUUCCCUUGUUUUUAGGGUAGUCUCAAAAUCUUUUUUGCAUUUGUCACAACCUCUUCAGGUCACCCAUUUCCUCAUCCACACAAGUUUACCCAGAUUCCUCCGGUGACAUCUAGAGAGGAAACGCCUCUGUGGUUUGGAGGGAAUGACAAAAGUAGUACCUGAAUGGGAGUUUUGUGACAUCUGAGGGUUCUCUGUCAGCAUUGAUACCAGAAAGAGGUCGUGGAGGCAUCAAAGUUAACCCAAUGGUCAAUUCUGAAUAUGACCUGAAUACAAAUAUAAAUCAUGUUGUAAUUCAAGUUACUUAUAAAAGUUAAACAUUGCCUUAUUGUUCUAUUAAUGAUUCUAGAGAGAAUGCAUAACUUGGUGUUGAAGAGAGUUUUUAUUUAUCACUUUGUUUGCGGCACUUUUGCAACGACUGAAACCAAGAUUUGUAAAAAGCUGAUGUGAAAACAUUUUCUGUUUUAGAAUAUUAUCAAUUCAAAGUUUAGGGUUCCGUUGAAAAUGGUGUGAAUGGUGCAUCUGGUUAGACGAGACGCACUUAAGAUGAUGUGUCCUAAAAUCAAGACAAUUAAAUUAAACAAAUUCUUCCUGAAAACAGAAGGAGGAUUUUGACUUCCUUCUUUGUUUGUUUUUUCUCCCCACAACAGUUGGAUCAAAAGGAAUGUAUGUGGAAGUAUAUUGGUCAAAUUCUUGCCGUAAAGCUGCCAGUAAUAGUUUUAGUCGUUACUAAGUCGUUACUAAGUUGUUACCCUUACCAGACAAAACUGCUGGAAGACUGAAAGUGGUGGACAAAUCCUCUUCCCUGCUAUGGCCUGAAACAAAGUACAGAAGAAGUUAACUUCUGGAAGCCCAAGCUUUGACCAUCCAAUCAGAGGUGAAUAUGUCAACCUCCGUCCUCAUUAAGUUACAGAAACUCAAAUUCUGAUUGGCUGAAUCAAGGUAAUUGCAUUUCAUUAGCAGUGUUUUUUUUGGGUUUUUUUUAUGAAAAGUUGCCUGCAAAAGUGAGGACUGAAGCACUGACUUUAAGGGAGACUUUAAUGAACCUACCAACAAGUGAGGGUUACAAACUUUCAUGUAAAAAGACAGAUGCAAAGCUUGUAAUAGAAGCUAACAGAACAGUUGGAAUGAUCUAAAAUAUAUUUAGGAAAAAUGUAUAUAUUUUAAAAAAAAAAGCAAUUUUUCUGUGAUUUAGAUACUUAUUUUUACGACGCAAUGGAGGGGGUUUUGCUGUCCUCCUAGCCUAUAUCUCUCUGUUGAAGGCGAACGCCUUAGGUAAGGAGUCCGCAACCAUCAACAUUUAAAAAGCCAUUCAGGUUGAUGUUUUUAUGGACAACAACCCAAUGGGAGCAACAAAGUCUCACUUCAGCCUUUAGAAAAAAAUAAGACACUGAUUUGCAUUUAUGCUAUUGUUACUACUAUUACAAAAAAUAUAAAUAAACCAUGUUUUUUUUUCAUAAAUAAAAAAGUUUUUUCUUGUUCAAAAUAUGGUAUGGUUUAUCCUUUUUGGCAGAUUUGCACGAGUUCUAUUCAGAAUAAAAGAGACCCUGUGCAACAUAAGUCUGACUACAGCGGCAGUAUGUAGUUUGAUGUCAGCAGUGGUUAAAUAAAAACAUUUUAAAAAUGCAUGGUUCGUUAUCGGUGGAUCUCGACAGAAAUUUCUAAACUAAAAUGAGAUCAAAACUAAUAAAGUUACCCUAACCUUAAUUUUAGAACCUUUCAAAUUCUUGCAUUCAACAAUAGUGUUCACCUUAUAAUCCGAUGUGCCCUAAGUAUGAAUUCUGGUUGACCUAAAAUUGAUUUUGUUGUUGUACUGGGCGCUCUAAAAUCAUUAAAAAUGUUCAACUUUAAACUAAGAAACCUCACUCCUUGACGGAGCGUUGGAGCAUUGGUCAGUCCACCUCCGGAUAAAAUGUUCUAGAUCUGCUCAUUUGAGGGAUAACACUAGGAAUCAAAUGCAGGAAGGUAAGUUUCCACAAAAAGUUACAAUCCCCAAGGCUUACAUGGCACACAAAAAACAACAGAGCACUCCAACACUGGUGAUAUAGUGAGGACUCCUUAAGUACCUGUGAGAUAAUUAACCAAAUGCAAACAGUCAAACAAGUAGAGCUGCUGAAAAAACAAACACAAAAAGGCAGUGGCAGCUUCAACUGUUUGUAAAUGAGUUACGUACCUGUCUCAUUUUUCUUAGUUUACUGUAGUAAGUUUGCAGUGAUGAAAUGAUAAAAGUUGCUUGCAUGGAUUAUUUAUUGGGCAGGCUUAAUUUAAAACAUCAGCAUCAAAAUGCAUUCCCUCUGUCUUUAAGAAAAGAUGAUUCAUAGGUUGAUUGUUUCUUUUCACUAAUGUUUUUCUUUUUGUCCUAGUGUGGGAAAUUGCACUUAUAGUUCUGUUAAAAUAAAGUUUGGAUUCUUGUUUUCUGAAGUGAUUUGAUUUCUCGGGUGAUUGUGUUGCAAUCAUUUAGCUUCCUUAAGGCCGUGACCUUAAUGUGAUGACCUGCAGAAUCAACGAUUAACAAAAGAAAUAAAACUUUACAAAAAAAAAAAA